AUGGCUGUAGUGGACGCUGAUUAUUGUUUUAUUACUAUUGAUGUCAGUACAUAUGGUAAAGACAGUGACACUCCAAUUUUCAAAGAAAGUCCAUUCGGAAAAAAACUCUACUCUGAACAGUUGAAUUUACCAGCACCUACUUGCUUACCUAAUACAAACAACAGUCCACAGUCUUACGUCAUUAUUGGGGAUGAAGCAUUUGGUUUACAUAGAAAUCUUUUGAGGCCAUACCCCGGGCGACGUCUUACAUUUAAACGAAAAAUAUUUAACUACCGCCUAUCCAGAGCUCGAAGAUACGUUGAAUGUGCGUUUGGUAUAUUGGCAAACAAAUGGAGGGUUUUAAAUAGUGCUAUGUUAGUUGAACCUAAUUUUGCGGACGAUGUGGUAAAAGCGUGCUGUAUUUUAGACAAUUAUGUCAGACGUAGGGAUGGGUAUGUAGGUAGUAUAUGUAGGUUCUAUCCCAGUUUUUACAAUUACAGGGAGAUUAAAAAACGGUUAUCCUCGACUUUUCCCCUUGAACGAUCAGAUUUGUGGGUGCUUACUAUCCCAGUUUUUUACUGUUCCAGGGAGAUUUAA